CAUUAUGAGCGGCUCAGUUGAAAUAAAAUUUUGCAUACACCUUUUUACUAGGCUACUGAAGUCCGUCGGAUUCUCUGAUAUAUCUGCUGAAUAUGUUCGACUGGCCAAGUUUAAUGAUCCACGUGCAGUCCAUUCUUUGCUCCGGUUAACAUUUGAACUUGUAUACUUUAGUAAAUAUGGGUGUGUUGACAGACUAUGCGCCGAAGGUAACUUCUUACUGACUCUUGAUUUUCCUUAA